GCACAAAUAGCGCAGCUUUUGCGUCAUUUAUGAUUGUUUCGAUCUGGAUUUUCCAGACUCUUCAACAUGGGGAUUUUAAAGCUUCUCUCAGCUGGAAUGCCCCUGAUGCUUGCCGUGUUUUCACUCACUGCUCACGGAACAACGACUAGAUAUGUCACAUAUGAGGAAGACGCAGCCGGUACUGAGAUUGGCAAUUUGUCUCAAGACUUAAAGAUUGAUCCGGCUGAUGACCUGGAGACAUCAUUCCGCUUCAUGCAGGAAGAGAGCAUCUCUUCUCUGCUCCACAUGCGGGAGAACGACGGACUUCUGAGCGUGGCCGAAAUAAUCGACCGGGAGCAGCUGUGCCCCAGGUCCCCCCGCUGCUUCAUCACUUUCGACGUCGUGGCUCUCUCCCGAGAAAAGUUUCAGCUCAUCCACGUGGAGAUAGAAGUGAAGGACAUCAACGAUCACGCGCCCCGCUUUCCGCGCAACGAGACCAAUCUGGAGAUAGAGGAAAACGUCCCCCUGGAGUCCAGAUUCCCGCUGCAGAUCGCGUUGGAUCAGGAUGUGGGUGGAAACUACAUUAAGAGCUACAAUAUCUCACCCUGCAGCCAUUUCGCUGUUGAAGUGCACGAAGGGGAGGAUGGGGGGAAGUUUGCGGAGCUGGUGCUGGUGAAGGAGCUGGACAGGGAGGUGGAGGACUCCUACACGAUCCAAGUUGCUGCAUAUGACGGGGGAGCGCCUCCAAAGUCGGGAUCGAUGACGGUGAACAUCAAAGUUCUGGACUCUAAUGACAAUAGCCCGACGUUUGAGCACAGCUCUCUGAAAGUGGAGCUGGAGGAAGACGCGCCGGUGGGUCACAAAGUUCUCAAAGUUCACGCUUUCGACCCCGAUGAAGGCAUCAACGGUGAGGUGACGUACGCGUUCGCGGAAGGGUUGUCGCCCGAAGCUGCGCGCAUCUUCCACGUCGACCCGAAUUCCGGUGUGCUGACGUUAAAGGCGCCUGUUGAUUUUGAGAAAAGGAGCUCGUACGAGCUGCUCGUGAGAGCCUCGGACCUGGGGGAGAACUCGGUCCCGUCCACCUGUAAAGUCCUGGUCGACGUCGUGGACGUGAACGACAACCCGCCCGUGAUCCACAUCAAGCCGAUGACGUCCAGCAGCGACGGCGUGGCCUUCAUCACGGAGGCUGCUGCCGCGGAGAGUUUUGUGGCUCUUAUCAGCACCUCGGACAGCGACUCCGGCUCCAACGGGUACGUGCGCGUCAGCCUGCUCGGGCACGAGCAUUUCAGCCUGCAGCAGGCCUAUGGGGACACGUUCAUGAUUAUCACCACCACCACUUUAGACAGAGAGAAGAUCCAGGAGUAUAACCUGACGGUGGUUGCAGAAGAUUUGGGAACUCCACCUUUCAAAACCCUCAGACAGUACACCAUCAGUGUUACAGAUGAGAACGACAACCCCCCGCUCUUCAGCAAGUCCCUUUAUGAAGUGUCAGUGCUGGAAAAUAACAUCCCAGGUUCGUAUGUAAUGACAGUUGUUGCCCGAGAUCCAGAUGUGGGAAAGAAUGCAAAGGUGUCUUAUAAGCUGCUGGACUCCGAGGUGCCAGGAGGAUCCCCGGUGUCCUCUUACGUCUCUGUGGAUUCAAUUUCAGGCUCUUUGUACACUUUAAGGUCCUUUGAUUAUGAGACACUUAAACAGAUUGAGCUGGUAAUCCAAGCCGAGGACAGAGGCUCCCCUUCCCUUUCAAGCGCUUCAACAAUCAGGAUUAGAGUUGUGGAUCAGAACGACAACUACCCGUACUUCACCUUCCCCGUCCUUCUCAACAACUCCGCUGACAUCCCUCUGCCCUACAAUGUACCCUCCGGCUACCUCGCCCUUCAAGUGUCAGCCGAAGAUGUGGAUGAGGGAGUGAACGGCGAGCUCUCCUAUCACAUUAUACAAGGUGACCCAAAGCUGUUUACCAUCAACAAAAACACAGGCGAGAUUGCUUUAAAGCAGUGGCUGACAGCUGAAAUUGGAGACGUGCUGGAAAUGAAAAUUGCCGUGAGCGACAACGGCAGGUCCCCGCUCACUAGCGGAGCCACGAUUAGGUUUGUGGUCUCAGACACAGAGCCCCCCGAAGACCGGGUCGUCAUUGUGCUGCAGUCAGGCGAGGAAGAAAGCUCUGCUCUGGAUGGAUCACUAAUUAUCAUCAUUAUGCUCAGUGGGGGGUGUGCUUUUCUGCUAAUUGCAAUAGUAGCCGUUGCUGUCAGAUGCAAGCAGAGCCGUGUGAGGAGAAGCCACGGCAGGAAGAGAGACGUGUGCCAGGGCCUGUUCGACGCCAGGCCCCUGGCCAGGCUCAGCUCUGCAGAACCGAACAUCUACAUGGGCCAGCAGGGGUUUUUCCAAGAGAGAACAUCCCUGUCUCUGGAUGACUCGUGUUUGUACGAGGAGCGGAGCAGAGACUCUGACACCAAGAUCUUCCUGCCCUCCAAGCAUUUCCAACCAGCAUCUCUGUGGCAAACUGACAGAUACUGCUUGCAAGUGAGCGGCCUCAGCAACAAUGACCAGCUGAGCGUGAAGGACAGCGGCAAAGGGGACAGUGACUUCAAUGACAGUGACUCCGAUUUCAGCGGGGAUGGAGGCAAAAAGAACUUCAGCACCUUCCAGCCCAGAAUAAAAAGUGCUGCUAACAGCCUAUCAAGGGAUUGCCACGAUAGCUACUGCGCAAUCCCACAGAGGAGCUUUGGGGACAACGGUUACACCAUCGGCUUCUCCCCGGUUCCUGUCUUCAGCGGCCCUCAUGGGAUGAUGAAGGACUGUGGUUAUGCUACAAACCAGCCCAAACCAAGGAGCAACCUGCAGACCUUUUCCAGAUCCGGGACUCUUCCCCUGUAUUUCCCUCAGCAGCUGCACGACACUGGUGUUGGACUGGCUGAGGUCCAAAAUCAGAGUCCGAAUAUUGUAACCGUGGCAACAGAUGUAGAAGUUGCAACAAUAUUUUAAUCCAGGAAUCAUUGAGAUGAAACAUGUAAAUAUGUAGAAAUGUGCAUAUUUUUUCAGCAUGUGUACAUAUUCCCUUUAUCUUCAUGAACACAGUUAUCGCAAAAUCCACUUUUGCAUUCAUGUUGUGUUAUUUGAACUUCAUUAUUUUUUUAUUAUGAUUACUACUUUCUAAUAAAGGUAUUGACUGCAAUAAGAAAUAAAUGCCACUCUUUGCUGCAUGUUUCCUAAUAAACUUUAACAACAAA